AUGACGACACACCAGCAGCAGCAGCCGUUCAUUCCAGUUUCUUCGGCUCAGCAGCAGCAGUUCCCAACCUUCCCACCCCACCAAACGCAAGCGCCGCAGGUUAGUAAUGAUGUGCUCAUUCAAUUUAUGCAUAUCAUGCAGCAAUCGAUAACCCAGAGCCAGAUGCAACACCAACAAAUCAUGGCUCAGGUGGUUAAGCUGCAGCAGCAGUCCGACGACGACAGAAAGCAGCUUUUUCGCAGCAUCUCGUCGUCGAUUAAUGUGCAAGUACCACCUAACCCGGAACAGAUCCUUGACUCCUUGGCCAGCAAUAUCAAGGAAUUCCAGUAUGAGGCCGAAAGCAACGCUACUUUCGCGGCCUGGUACUCUCGAUACGACGACCUUUUCGAGAAGGAUGCUGCAAGGUUGGACGACGAGGCGAAAGUUCGCCUGCUUAUGCGAAAAUUGGGUUUAUCGGAGCAUGAACGGUACGUGAGCUAUAUUCUCCCGAAACUUCCAAAGGAGUUUAGUUUCGCACAGACAGUUGUCAAGCUCAAGAGCCUGUUUGGAGCGAAAGAGUCGGUUAUCAGCCGUCGAUACCGAUGCCUGCAGAUCGCGAAGAACCCCACUGAGGAUCAUGUGGCGUUCGCGUGCAGGGUGAACAAGGCUUGUGUGGAGUUUGAACUGGGGAAACUCACCGAGGAGCAGUUCAAGUGCUUAGUGUACGUGUGUGGCCUGAAAUCGGAGAACGACGUCGAGAUUCGCACUCGUCUCCUCACGAAAAUCGAGGACAACAACGACGUCACGUUGGAGCAGCUCUCCGAAGAGUGCCAGCGCUUAUUCAAUCUGAAGCACGACAGCGCGAUGAUUGAAUCUCAGGCCCCGUACAGCGAAGUACAAGCGGUGAGGAAGUUUGGUGGGAAGCGGUUCGGUAAGCAUGACCGGGAGUCUCCAAGACGUUUUUCCAGUGACGCCGUCCAGAGACCAAGCUACGCGUGUUGGCUCUGCGGUGCAUUACACUACGCCCGGGAUUGCAGCUACAGGAAGCAUAAGUGUUCCGACUGUGGCCAAGUUGGACACCGUGAAGGCUAUUGUGAAAGUGCAAAGUACCGAAGACCCGGAAGUAAGAAGAAGAAGAAAGGAGUCUCGACCAAGGUGGUGGUUGUCGACGUGUGCAGCGUGCAGCAACGGCGCAGAUUUGUCUCCGUUGGCCUAUCCGGAACGGACAUCCGGCUGCAACUCGACACCGCCUCGGAUAUCACCGUAAUCAGCAGGGAAAGUUGGAAGAAGCUUGGCAGCCCUGCACUAUCGGCCUCAACGGUGAAAGCGAAGACAGCGUCCGGCAACAUUUUGUCACUCGAUGGGGAAUUCGAGUGCGACGUCACCAUCGGCGAAAGCACACAGCGUGCGUUGAUCCGUGUCACCGAGAACAAACUCCAUCUACUCGGUGCGGAUCUGGUGGACGUCUUUAAUCUCUGGUCCGUGCCCAUGGACAGUUUCUGUUGCCACGUGUCGGGUUCUCCUACGACGACCGCUGCACUCAAGUCGUCUUUCCCCAACGUUUUCAGCGAGCAGCUCGGCUUGUGCAGCAAAACGAAAGUGAAGUUGGAGCUGAAAGAAAGUGUUCGACCCGUAUUCUGCCCGAAGCGUCCGGUUGCGUACGCGAUGUACGACGCCGUGGACCAAGAGCUCGACCGGCUGGAGAAGCUGAAUAUCAUCACUCCGGUCGAAUAUUCGGAGUGGGCAGCUCCGAUCGUCGUCGUCCGCAAAGCCAAUGGCACCAUCCGAAUUUGCGGAGACUAUUCCACGGGGUUGAAUGCUGCUCUCCAACCAAAUCAGUACCCACUUCCACUGCCCGACGACAUCUUCGCCAAGCUGGCUAACUGUAAGUACUUCAGCCAGAUCGAUUUGUCCGACGCCUUCUUGCAGGUGGAAGUUGACGAGCAGUGCCGCAAGUUGCUCACCAUAAAUACGCAUCGUGGCCUCUAUUCCUACAACCGCCUCCCGCCGGGUGUGAAGGUCGCACCUGGGGCAUUCCAGCAGAUCACCGAUACCAUGCUAGCCGGUCUGGAGUGCACUUCCGGAUAUCUUGACGAUGUCAUCAUCGGAGGUCGGACUGAAGAGGAGCACGAUCGCAAUUUGCGGGCUGCCCUGAAGCGAAUCCAGGAUUUCGGCUUCACCAUUCGACCCGAAAAGUGCACGUUCCGCAAGCAGCAAGUGCAGUACGUGGGUCAUGUUGUCGACAGUCGCGGGCUACGUCCGGAUCCGGCCAAAAUCGAGGCGAUCACCAAGCUACCGCCGCCUACCGAUGUAUCCGGAGUGUGA